AUUGAAACUUUGUCUCUUUCAUUUACCCUCUUUUCAAUAUCACCCUCUCAUGCUUCCUCUGCUAUACUAUACUCAUUCUCCUUCACUUCAAUGUUGCUUCAUAUCACUAAUUUGUGAACGGGUUCUAUAAUAAUUCUAUUAGGAUUGUUAAUAAGAUUGUUAAGGUACCCUAAUUGAAGUUGGGUUCAUCAAUGGGUGGGGGUGAAACUGUCAAUGGGGCAUGGCUAAGUGCUAUUUGGCCACUAUCAAGAAAGACUGUAUCAGAUGAAAAAGAAGCAAUUGGAAUCCUGGCAUCUGAGAUUGUUGGAGUGAUGUCUAAGAUUGUUAAUUUGUGGCAUUCUUUAAGCGAUCGAGGCGUAGCGAGUUUAAAAGAAUGGAUAACAAACUCGGUCGGGGUAAAAAUGCUUGUUUCGGAUGACUAUUAUUACUUGAUGGAACUUGCAUUGGAUGAGAUUCUCAGUAGCUUUCAAUGUCUAGCAAGGUAUGUGGCUAGAUUGGGAAAAAGGUGCAAGGAUCCGGUGUAUCAUCGGUAUGAAAGCUUCGUUCGCAACCCGGCUAAGAACUAUGUUCAAUGGUGUGGUUGGGAGUAUGCAUGGAAGAAGAUGGAUAGGAAGGUAAAGAAAAUGGAGAGGUUUGUUGCUGCUAUGACACAAUUGUUCCAAGAGCUUGAAGUGUUGGAGGAUCGCCAACGAACUUUGAAGCGAAUGAGGGCGAAUCCUAAGACUCAUAAAGGGAAAUUGGCCGAGUUCGAGAAGAAGUUCAAUUGGCAUCAGCAGGAAGUGAAGAAUCUCAAAGACAUAUCUCCUUGGAACAGAAGUUUUGAUUAUAUUGUGAGAUUGUUAGCAAGAUCAUUGUUUACAAUUUUGGAGAGAAUCAUACUUGUGUUUGGAAACAUUCAUCUCCCAAUUUUGCAACAACAGGGCGAUUCUAUAAUUAAAGAAUCUAAGCAUGCUCUUCGGCGCAGCCCUUCCUUACCGGUUAAUACUAGUUCUUAUGUUCAUUCUUCUGAGACUAAGAGGCCGGUGAGCUCUGAAUCCGAAGCUGAAAAGAAAAAGAACAAGAACAAGAACAAGAACAUAAAGAAACAACUGCAGCAGUCGAGGCAUAUUGGCGCCUUCCAAGGUGUUUCUAAGAGGUAUAUUGACUCUCAAUCUUGUAGAAUUAGAAUAUACUCUAAACUACCUGAAAAGGGUUGUUUCUUAAAGCCGGCGCGAUUGACCCUAGGUGAUGCGGCUUUAGCCCUGCAUUAUGCAAAUGUGAUUGAAUUGAUAGAGAAAAUAGUGUCAUCGCCGCAUCUUAUUGAUCAUCAUACUAGAGAUGACUUGUACAGCAAGUUACCAACUACAAUAAGGACUGAUCUGAGGGCAAAGCUUAAAUGGUAUGCAAAAUGCAAGCAUGAUCCGAGCAUUGCAGCCGAAUGGAGCGUGGCGAUGACACAGAUUCUUGGAUGGUUGGCGCCGCUUGCUCACAACAUGAUACGGUGGCAUGAAGAGAGGAACUUUGAGAAGGAACACACUACUUCAGAAGCAAGUGUUUUGCUUGUUCAAACACUUUACUUUGCAAACAAAGCAAAAACUGAAGCUGCAAUUGUUGAGCUCCUUGUUGGUCUAAACUAUGUUUGCCGGAUUAACAGAGAAGCGCAAAUCCGAGAGGCACGGCAGCCGGAAUUCUCUAGAUCAAGUUCUUUCCAUCGUGCUCAGUUGAGAAAUCAUGAUUUGUGCUAUGAGAUUUAAUAGACUAUGCUUUUGUGCACUGUAUGAAUAGAUCACUCUAUUGUAUAGCUCUCAUUUUUCAUAUGGGAGGUUUCUUUUUCUAUU